ACAAAAAUAUAAUUUUUUAAUAUAACGAAAUAGUAAUUUGAAAAGUUACAUCAAUUGGAUUUGAAACUUGAAAAUUUCCAGAAAUCUAAGUAGAGCAGGAAACGCGUGAUGAAUUUUCAUAUGUAUUAAAAAUAACUACUGGUCGAAGAAACUAACCUCAAAACGUAUUACUUAACCUGAAAACAUUAUACUGUCGUUUGAAUUUGUUGUUUACGGAGGCAAUUUAGGUAGGAAAAAUGUUGCCGGGAAGACUGGGAAUGACUGCCCCAGGAAUCCCAGAUAAUCCUCUAAGUCUGUCUUGGCACGAUUCGACUUGGAUUCCUAUAUUAAACACGAGCAACGUUAUGGACUACUUCUCACAAGUCUCAAAUCCAUUCUUCGAUAGAACUUGCAACAAUGAAAUCGUUAAAAUGCAAAGGCUCAAUCCAGAUCAACUACAAAACAUGACUGGGUUAGAAUACGUUUUACUUCAUGUCCAGGAACCGAUAUUGUACGUUAUUAGGAAACAACAUCGGCAUAGCCCGCAACAAGCUACCGUUCUCGCAGAUUAUUACAUCAUAGCUGGUGUGGUGUAUCAGGCGCCUGAUCUGGCCAAUGUUUUGAACUCCAGACUGUUGUCGGCCGUGCACCACCUCCAGUCGUCGUUCGAAGAGGCGUCCAGUUUCGCGAGAUACCAUCCGAGCAAGGGUUACUCGUGGGACUUUAAGUCGCAGAGACCCAGCGUAGAUAAGGUGAAGAAAGAGGAGAAACCGAGGGAAGAACCCAGUUCGCUUUUCCAGAGGCAGCGGGUAGAUAUGUUGCUGGGCGAACUGAUUAAAAAGUUCCCUCUACCGACACCGCCUCAACCUAAAAUCGCUCCGGUAGCGCCUGUUAAAAACGAAACUGACGGCGGUGCUUCUGAAAUUAAGGAGAGCAAACCUGAGAUCAAACAGGAGAAGAUUAAGCCGCCCCCCGAGAAGAAGCCAAGAAUUAAUUAAAUAUUUAUCAAAUAAUAUGUUGUGUGUUGUAUUUGUGAUGUGUGUCUCCGAGUCAAUAAAAUGUUGACUAUGUUAUGAAUUAUAGUGAAAAUGUAUUUAAAAAAGGUUCUUUUUUAGAAAUA